GAAAAGGACUGCAAGGGAGGAAAUAUCUCGGUCCGGGAAGCCCUCUAACAUCGCGCCAUUCUAUUCCGUCAUUGCGACUGUAUUUCAGCCAGAUCGACGCAGCUGGGCUUGAGGUUCAGCACCAGACCCAAGAUUCGAACGUUUCCCCUCUGUCGAACCUUAUCCGUAUUUCGGGAGUUGAUCCGUGACAUCGUGCGGUAGUUAAAACACUUGGAACAACGUCCUUGAGCUCCCAUGGGUUUGCUUUCGCUCGGAACACCUCUGGAUUGGGAGGAGUGUAAGAAGCUGGCGGAUCAUGUCAGAGAACAUGGCAUCGACCAGUUCCUGAGUAUUUGGCGGAACACGAAGGACAAAGAGGGUGACACGUUACUUUGGGGAGACGAGGUGGAAUAUAUUGUUGUUUCUUAUGACGAUGACGAAAAGGAUGCUCGGUUGUCGCUGCGUCAAGCGGAGAUUCUCAAAACGCUCGCCGACGACGAAGCGCUUAAGAGAGCGGGCGGUGUGAUACCGGAACAACAAGAGCAAUCAUCUGUUAGCCCUGCGGAGAUUCUGCCCACCUUUCAUGCCGAGUAUGGUAGGUACAUGCUGGAAGCUACGCCAGGUGCUCCGUACAGCUGUUCCCUCAAGGACUUGCUCAGUGUGGAGCCUAACAUGAAGCGACGCCGAGUCAUUGCGAAAGCGCACAUGAAAGAAAACGAAUCGCCCAUUACUUUGACAUCCUAUCCUCGUCUUGGAUGCGAGCGUUUCACAGACCCUUAUUACCCACCAACCGGUGCUGCCUCUCGCUCCCUCUUCCUUCCAGAUGAGAUCAUCAAUCCGCAUCCGCGUUUUCCAACUCUUACGGCCAACAUCCGGACUCGCCGUACGGAGAAGGUUGCCAUGAACGUUCCCAUCUUCUUUGAUGAGAACACUCCGCGUCCAUUUGUUGAUCCGACCAUCCCUCGCGACCGUGACUUGUUCCCUGAAGAUGCGAAUGCAAGGGAAGGUGCCGCAAAAGUCGACCAUAUCUACAUGGAUAGCAUGGGCUUCGGUAUGGGAUGUUGCUGUCUACAAAUCACGUUUCAAGCAAAGAACGUGGUGGAGGCCAGGAGACUGUACGAUCAGCUUACCCCCCUGGGCCCUAUCAUGUUGGCCAUGACUGCUGCAGCGCCGCUAUGGAGAGGAUAUGUAUCCAAUCAGGACUGUAGGUGGAAUGUAAUCGCUGGUAGCGUGGAUGAUCGGCCCCCGGAGGAGCGUGGUGAAGGUCCCCUCAAGAACAGCAGAUACCGCAUUCCAAAAUCCCGUUACGACUCGGUUGAUUGCUACCUUUCGGAAGAUGAACGCUUGCGUCCAGAAUAUAACGAUGUACCUCUUGUGAAGGACGAGGCCAUCAGGCAGAGGCUUUUGGAUGCGGGAAUUGACGAACGCUUGGCCAAUCACGUGUCCCAUCUGUUCAUCCGGGAUCCGCUGGUCAUUUUCUCUGAGCUGAUUGAUCAAAAUGACACCGUUUCGUCUGAUCACUUCGAGAACAUCUGGUCUACGAAUUGGCAAACCAUGCGUUUCAAGCCCCCACCGCCUGGUAGUGACAUUGGAUGGAGGGUCGAAUUCCGAAGUAUGGAAAUCCAGAUUACCGAUUUUGAGAACGCUGCGUUUUCCAUCUUCAUCGUGCUGUUGACCAGAGCAAUCUUGUCGUUUGGCUUGAAUUUCUACAUUCCCAUAUCGAAGGUCGACGAGAACAUGCAGCUGGCUCAUCACCGCGGGGCUAUCCUGACAGAAAAGUUUUGGUUCCGCAAGAAUGUCUUCCCGACUACCGGCAGCUGUUCGGAAGGGGCUCCGCACAUUAACGGUGAUAAGCCUUCACGGCCUGGCUCCCCUGGUGCACCCACUUUAGGACCUGUCGAGGACGAAUACGAACGCAUGACCAUCAACGAAAUCAUGAACGGCAAGGGUGAUUACCCAGGUUUGCUUCCCCUGGUGGAAAACUACCUGAACUCGAUCAACUGCGAUGUCGAGACCAGGUGCGAGUUGAAUAAAUAUUUGGCGCUCAUUCGGAGGAGGGCAAGUGGGGAGUUACAAACUGCGGCGACAUGGAUCCGAGAGUUUGUUCGCAAUCAUCCAGCAUAUAAGAAGGACAGUGUUGUUUCGAGAGAGAUCAACUAUGACCUGAUAAAGGCAGUAGAGAAGAUUACCAAUGGCGAGGGGCGUGAAGAAGGACUAGGAAGGGAGAUGCUGGGAUUUUGAUG